CGACGCGAGAAAACACUUCCUCCCCUUUACCCUUGCUUUCGACGGAGUCGGAAGCGGAAGGCACUCGAAGGGAAAGGGUGCCAAAAUGGAGGGUGGGGCUGCAGGUGACGCGCAGGGAGGUGAAUCUCCUGCAGUACAGGCAAGAGUAUCGCUCAAGGACGAAGGAAAUCGGUUCUUCAAGGCUGGUAACUACCUCAAGGCCGCUGCCCUCUACACGCAGGCCAUCAAGGCCGACCCCUCGAAUGCUACACUCUACAGUAACCGUGCUGCAGCAUUUUUGAACCUUGUUAAGCUUAAUAAGGCACUUGCAGAUGCAGAAAUGACAAUUAAAUUAAAUCCCCAGUGGGAAAAGGGGUAUUUCAGAAAAGGAUGUGUUUUAGAGGCAAUGGAACAUUAUGACGAUGCUGUGGCAUCCUUUCGGAUUGCAUUGCAACACAAUCCACAAAACACUGAGGUGUCAACAAAAGUUAAACGUCUAACACAGUUAGCAAGAGACAGAAAACGAGCUCAAGAAAGGCAAGAUAUGAGGUCAAACGUUGAUGUCCGAAAGUCUCUGGAUCCUAUCAAGGCUGAACUGGGUGAAAAGUUCCCUACCCCAGAGCCUUGUGAAGAAGUUUUCUCUUUUAUUGUUGACAUUAUGGAGUCAGCAAUAAAGGCAUGGCAUAACACUGCAAAAGUGGACGCAAGGGUCAACUUUUUGUUUGAUAAGGAGAAAUCACUGCCCGAGAAGUAUGCACCAGUUGUGAAUGUUGACAAGGCUUUUGAAUCACCAGACACUGUAACACAAUGUGCUGCCUUUCUAAGACAAUAUGCUGUGGAAACAAGUUCCAAAGCUGCUUGUUUGGUGGUGGCUAAGUCAAUCAUUUCUUUUCCUCAGGUCUGGAAAGGGCAAGGGUCAAGAAAAUGGAAACAUGGGCAGAAUGAUGGUUUUUUCGUUCAGUUUGAAUCAUCUGCACUACGAAAACUGUGGUUUAUUUCCAGUACAACAGAGAAAGGGCUCACAUUGUGUAGCAACCCAGAAGCUUUGGACUUGGAUGCCCAUGCUGUUCUUCCACCCCUUUUCAGAUAGCUUGUGCUAGUGAAGCACUGUGGCAGUUAGGCGUUGUUUCAUUCUGCAUCUGCUGUUGAUUUGAGUUGGGUUUUCUGCUUCUAUUGAAAAACGGAGCAAACUCUGCCAGAGACAAGCUGUUCAUGGAGCUUCAUUUGUGUUGAUGUACAAGCAUCUUAAGGUUCGGCUUCUCAGGAAUUUUGCCUCCCUAUUGAUAAAGUGGUGAUGGUCCCCUAGAAGUAUCACAUGCUUGGAAGUUUGAGAGUUUGACAAACAGAUUUCUCUUUUUUCUGGUAGUAUUUGUCAGCCUGUUAUUUGAUCAGUAUUCUGCCUGUCAAAGGGGUGGUGUAAGAACAGUGCAUUUCUGCACACUAGUGACCUUUUUUCCCUUUCCUUGGUAGGAGAUCUUUUUAUAGUUUAGUCCACUCGUACCAGUUUUGAGGUGAGCGAGUGUGUGGUUAUCACAUAGGUUUUCAUGUUAGAGAAGCCUUGUGAUACGUUAUCUAAGUAAUGGAUGUCUAUGUUUACUGGAGAUCCAUAGAUCGAAUCUCCAUCAGUUCAGUUCUGUGGGCGGCAUUUGCCUUGUGGAAAAGUAGCGGGUAUGUGUUUUAGAAGUUUGUUACCCCUUUAAGCAUUGCCGAAAAUUGUUGACUUUAACCAAAGUGCGGCUUGUGUGGUUAGUAACUGGCCGUUUAUGGUUC